AUGACGUCGGCUAUGCAGGUGUCACGUUCGUGGAACGGCAGCUCCACCCUCCCACGAAUGGCGCCUGGGAUGAGCUCUUCAGUGCAGCUUGUUGAUCUCGCAGCUGUAGAAGCAGCUCUCCGAGAAAAAACUGGCAAGCUCAUGACUGUUGUCACGCCUCCAGAUGAGCGCGAAGAGCUCCUGGACUCGCUCGACUCUGCCCUCAUAUCUCAGGCCGAGACAAAAAGCCGCGCAGUCGACAGGGCCGAUCCGCGAUACUUUCGAGAAGCAACCGUUCUGAUCAAAGAUCAGUACGACGACUACUCUACCACGACGGACAGUACCGCCAAGCAUACGCCCUUCGUUCCACCGAGCUCCGCCACUCGGUCUCGCCCAGACCGACCGUCUGCAUCCGUGCCCUCGUCUCCGAUCUCCUCCACACGCAAGGCGUUGCACAAAAAGCGGUCGCAAGAACGCUUUUGUCCGCCUAGCCGGCCCGUCGACUUCGCCAAACCUUCAACCAGGACUUGUCCGCCUAGCCCUUCGGCAAAUCUGCACAAGACUCUCCUUAGCGAAAAGCGCGGGCAAAGUCCUUGCACGUCUCGGGGUGAUACUUUCAGCCACUUCAGCGAUGACUCGUCUGAUGAGGAAGAUCACAAGUCGCCAUCAAUGAUACGCGCCAUCAAGAAGAAAACCUCCCUGCCCUCUCUUAUCGGCGGCCGCGUACAUCGGUCGAAACCUCCGUCAAAUUCGCUGUCUCUCCACGAAAGCCCGUCGGACUACGGAAAAUCCUCUCUGGCAAGAUCGAACAGCACAAGGCGGAAGCCGCCAUCACAUUUGCUGCUCCUCGAUCACGGGCCAUCAUCCGAAUUUUCAUUGGUGCCCUCGCCAAAGUCGUUCACAAGCGGCAAACAUGGUUUCGCAUCUGCCACGAGCAGCGACUCGAAUUCAACUUCUUCAGGGUCUCUUACAACGACGUCGGACCUCACUCCCAGAGGCUCAUCCUUGAGUCUUCACGGCUCCACAUUCGAUGACUCUGUAGAAUGGGCAAUGAAGUCGAGCGACUUUGUGACCUCGCGCGAUUCGCGGUCAAGUGCGUCAGCUUCUGCCACAGAACGGAGCCCUUUCGCUAACGAGGAUGCUCAAAUAGCUUUCGACGGCCCUCAUGCUCUUGUGCGUGCUAAUCCGGCAGUCAUGCAGCGCAGCAUCAGCAGCAACGGCACAGUUGGCCCCUUACCGCCGAAGCCAAUAUUAUCAUCCUCAUCAGAGUGCCGAAAGGAUCCGUGGGAGUGCUUACCAAACAGUGCUCCCUUAUUUGCCACGUCGCCCUGGUUCAACUGCUUGCAAAGAGACAAUCAUGAUCAUUCUCUGUUUGCUCUUCGUCCUCGCAAAGCGCCCCCCAUACCGGGCGGGGCUCCGAUGCCGGCCAGACCGGCCAGACCUGCCGCACCUCUAAGUGCACGCUCAUCGGCUUCCAGCUCACCGAACCAACGUCAUGAGCUACUGCUGCCCAAUGCGUUGCGCAAUUGUCAUCAUACACGGAGUAGCAAGACCACUCGCUCGGGCUCAACUCCGUCAAGUGCGCAUACGUUGCGUCAGGCAUCAACACAUCCCUUCAGUAGAAGCGAAGAAGCGCUCAGUAGCCCUCUGCAUCUCUCUUCUGACCCGCCGGUGCCUUCGGUCAGCUCUACCAUUGAUCAUGUCAGCCAUCCAAGUGCUAUCGACAAAGCGUUGCCACAGCCUCCUUCUUUCUUGAGAAUGGAUUCGCACGAAUCGGCCCGAUCCCCAGUCUUCGAGGACUCGCCCAGCUCUUCUCCGUCAGGCUCGCCGCGGCUCGGCGGCGUGUUGCCGGUAAGAUCCGAGCUUCCUGUCAUACCCCACCGAGGGGUGUCGCGUAAAGGCUUGCAAGCCGACGUCCUAGCAGCCUCAUCCAAGGCCCCUUUGACCGCAAAGUCGGCGCUUCGUGUGCCUGCUCGUUGCCUGUCCAACGACCUGCGCGGUCCUCGCGCAAUCCGAUCCUUUUCAUUGCCCUACAUCAAGGACCAACCGCGUGCUCUUCCCUCCAGACCUCCGCCCCCCUCUUACACGCCCCCAGCUCCACCGGCCAAACAGUGCGAAUUGGAAGAGUUUCUUGGUGCGAGUACAGACUCGACUACAUCAAGCCCAAGCAGACCGGAAUCACCCCUUCUACCACCUACCGCUAUCCACAUUCCUCUUCCACCUCCACGCGACAGUAGCGCCUUGCUUUGCCACGUAGCAAGAGGCGUUUGACGAUGGGCCUUGCACGCGCACUGUCGAAUUGCCGUGAUCAUGAUUUCGCG